GACUUCCAGAUCUCCAAGUUAACCAGAAAAAAAUGAACGCUGCCAAUGCCUUCUUAACGCUGACAUCGGCUCUGUUGAUUUGCUCGGCAAUCGCAGCUCCAAACCCACAUCCCGUCCACGCUGAAAUUAUCGCAUCGAUAGCCGAAGCAGAACAAGUCGACCACCAUCACGCUGGCUUUCUGUUCAAGCGCGAACAAUAUCUUUCUACAAAAGCCACUCUCCUGAGCUCGCAAAGUAACUCCACUGUAGAUGGAGGUCAUUGGAUCGAUCGGCGAAAUGGAAAAUUGAUCGUCGCAAUCAAGUCGGAGCACCGACAUCGACGUGAUUUGUCAACGGAUCCAGAUAUCGAGCAUCGCUUUGUCGCCAGGUCUACAUCAGACCUGGAGGACCUCAAAAGCCAGGUCGACGCAGCUGCUCAGAAACACCAACCUACUGGGGUCACCUGGUACGUAGACGUCCCAGCCAACAAUAUUGCGGUCAGUAUAUGGGACAUCAAGCGCAACAACACAAAUACCGAUGUAUUCAUCAAUGAAGUGUCCGGUUUGGGCCCUGGCAUCAACCUAAUCCACGGUAGUCCAGAGAUAAAGCCGCGAUUUGGAAUCUUAGACGGCGAAGAGCUCACCUCAGCAAACUUUAUGAGCUGCUCUAUGGGGUGGUGGGUCAAGGACGGAUCGGGGGCGGAUCUCCUGAUGUCGGCUGGUCAUUGCCUGAAAAGUGGUGGUCACAAUUGGUUUCGGAACGCCUUGCUCAUCGGCGGAAAUACAAAAAACAAUUUCGGGCCCAUGGAUUGGGGUAUCAUUCACGUUGACGACAUCGCUGCGCCUAGACCUACGACGCAGAUCACCCUCCACAACGGGAAGACUCUGAAGAUAUCUGGUUACGGAAGAGCUCCUAUUGGCGCAACGGUUUGCAAGAGCGGGACGACGACAAAGUACACAUGUGGACCGGUCAAGGCUUACGAUGCAACUGCCAAUUACCAAUCGGCAGGAGUUCAGGUAAAGGGCAUGACACUUGCUGAUGUGUGUACCCGCCCUGGCGACAGUGGGGGACCGCUCUUUCAGCCAGACCCAAAUCGCCCGACGACUCAUGCGAUCGCGCAAGGAAUAGUUAGCGGCGGCCCAACAGAAGGCUGUGCGAACUCAAUCUACCAGCCCAUUGAUACGGCGCUGACGGAUUCACAGACCAUUUUGAUCACAAGCACGGACUAG